GACGUCAGAGCGGCGCCGCCGGAGAGGCGCGGGCGGCGGCGGAGGCGCCGUCAUGGAGUUAGUGCGGGAAGCGCGGGAACUGGUUUGCUGGGCUACGGAAGAGAUGGAGGCGCCCGAGGCUGCCCGGGCCCCGGAGUCGACGCUGCGCAGGCUGUGUCUGGGCCAGGGGGCCGACAUCUGGGCCUACGUCUUACAGCAUGUGCGCAGCCAGAGGACUGUCACGAGGAUCCGGGGAAACCUACUCUGGUAUGGCCACAAAUACAGUUCAGAGGCCUGUCGGAAGUCGGAGCUGGAAGCUGCCGUUGCCCACCUUCGGGCAGAGAUCCAGGAGUUAGACCAGAGCUUGGAGCUGAUGGAUCAAGAGACCGAGGCUCAGGACAUGGCCAUGGAGCAGGUAUUGCAGAGCAUGCAAGACACCCAGCGGCAUGCUCUCCUCCUUCGGGGCCAAGCUGGGGCCAUGAGAAGGCAGCAACGUGGACUCCAACAUCCCAUGCAGUGGCUACAGAAUCAGCUCGGGCGCCUGCAGGACAUAGAAAGGAAGGCUAAAAUGGAUAUAACCUUUGGCCCCUUGACAUCGGCAGCCCUAGGCCUGGAGCCUGUGGUCCUGGGUGAUGUCCGAAGAGCCUGCACCCUCCGAACCCAGUUUCUACAGAACCUUCUGAUUCCUCAGGCCAAAGGAGGCAGCAUUCCAACCCCUCAAGAUGACCACUUUGGAACUUCCUACCAGCAAUGGCUUAGCUCAGUGGAGACACUGCUGACAAACCACCCUCCCAGCCACGUCUUGGCUGCCUUGGAACACCUGGCUACAGAACGGGAAGCAGAGAUUCUGUCCCUGUGCAGUCAGGACAGACUCCAAGAUACGAAGAUGGCCAGGUCCCAGGUCCCAGAUCAGUCAGACUCCAGCCAGGCCCUGCCGUCCGUGAUGCAUCUCAUCCAGGAAGGCUGGCAAACUGUGAGUGUGCUGGUCACCCAGAGGGGCCCCCUCCUGAAGGAGCAUCACAUCCUGACCCAGCGCCUCCAGAGCCUGUUGGAGGAGGUGGAGAGGUGUGCCCUGGGAGCCAAUGAGAGGCAGGCAUUGGUGCUGGGACUCCGGGGUUAUGGCCUGUGGGCAGAGCUCAAGGCCCUGUGUGCCCAUAGCCAGGAGCUGGAGGAGGCAGUUGGACGGCAACAGCUUCUGCUGCAGGAGCUACAGGCCAAACAGCAACGGAUCCUGCACUGGCGCCAGCUGGUGGGGGAGACACAGGAACAGGUCCGAUUACUCAUCAAGAGCAACUCAGCCAGCAAGACACACCUGAGUCGGAGCCCUGGGGAGGUGCUUGCUCUGAUCCAGCGAAAGGUGGUCCCCACAUCUGAGGCAGUGGCCCCACAGAGCCGGGAACUGCUUCGCUGUCUGGAGGAGGCAGCCCAACAUCUGCCCCACCUUCUGCUGGGCACCCUGCUGCGGCACAGCCCUGGAGGAUUGCAUCCCCUGCCUACAGUCCUGCCAUCCAUCCACCAGCUACAUCCUGCGUCCUCAAGGGGCUCCAGCCUUAUAGUGCUUAGCCACAUUCUGGGGCUACCCACGGGGAAGGCUCCAGAGCUGCUCCUCCCAAAGGCUGCCUCGCUUCGCCAGGACCUUCUGUUCUUCCAGGACCAAUGUAGUCUCCGGUGCUGGGAUCUGCUCCAUAUGAAGAACAGCCUACCGCCAGGACCAUCCACCCAGGGCACCAGGGAACUAGAGGACUCACUGCUACCUCCUGGGCUUCUAACCUGCAGAGUUGCUGCAGAUCCAUGCAUCCCAGGAAAAGGAGCAGAAAGAGAAUCUGGGGCAGGCUCUGAAGCAGCUGGAGAACCUGCUGGAACAAGCCCUGGAGCGAAUCCCCAAGCUGCAGGGGAUUGUGGGGGACUGGUGGGAUCAGCCAGGCCAAGUCACCCUCUCGGGGGAGCUCUGCCAAGGCCUGUCCCUGCCCCAGUGGCGGUUACGCUGGGCCCAGGCCCAAGGCAUCCUGCAGCAGCUGUGCAGAUGAAGAGGACACAAACAGGAGUCAAGAGCCUCAUGUUUGUUCACCCCAACAUCUCACCUUCCUCAGUAUUAAAGAAAGCAUCACCUGGGUGUGUCGCCCAUUGUCUCCACCCACACCUGCCCUUCCCCUCAUAGGCUGUUCUGCUGCAUCCCACCAACGCCAAGAGAAUGGGGUGCUCUAGACCCCACCCCAGGUCCCACUGAAACUCUUCUCUUCACCUUCAGCAAAGCAUAAUUGAGCACCUGCUCUAAACACUAAAAGUCCCUGCUUUCAGGAAAUUGACAUUCUAGGAUAAGGAAGCUGACCACUGAUAAGAUAAGUAAGCCAGAUAUCUAGUAUGUUGGAAGAUAAUGGCCAUGGAGAAAAAUAAAACAAGCUGUAGGAAGUGAAAUUUUAAAGAGAGGGCUACACAGCAAAGGUCACCCUCAGUAAAUGUGAGAGGCAUGCAAAGGCCCUGAGUCCAAAUGUGCUAGUGUGACAGCCAAAGAGAAAGUGCAGUUUAGGGUGGGGUAGGGGGAUUUAAGAGAUGAAAUUGCCUUCUAGUUUUUAUAUAGUUUCUUUUUUUACAUUGAAGUCUCUGAGCCAUUUGGAAUUUAUGCAAAUGGAUCCAUUUUUGUCUUUCUUUAUAUAUAUUCCAAUAGCACUUAUUAAAAUAGGCCCUGGCCCGUGUGGUCAGUGGUUAGAGUGUUGGCCCGUGCA